AUGCCCGGCAGCGAAGCGUUCUACAUAUCGGAAAGCGUUUGCGGUCGCCAGUCAGUACGCCCGGGAGACAGAGGCGGCGCGAAGACGCAUGGUGCUAGCGCGGGUAGAUGGUGGUUGGUACCCAAAUCACGCACGAGUCUCUUCUAUAAUUCUGCAGACGUCACAAGUAUCCGUACAGGGCCGUGUGGCGUCAAUACCGGGCAUGGAAGGCUACUCGGCGCCCAACAAUAUCAGCCGAGGAGGGCGAUGAAGACGCAAAAGUCCUCUCGGAUCGAGAGGAGACCGCCCUGGUCGCCUACGUCACCGCACUCCACCGAGCCGGGUUCAGGCCACAGCUGCUAUGAUCAGAAGCGCAGGGAGCAAGAUAUUGUCCAGGCGCCGAUAUCACCUUAA